ACUUGUUAGGUAAGUCAGUUAAGUUAGGUAAAAAAGUCAACACAUUUGACUCACCAAACCCAUUUCCAUAACAACAACUCAAAAUCGUCAGACCUUCAAUCCAAUCCAAUCCAUGGCGAUUUACUCAAUCGUAAUGGAAGAGAUAACACACCACACAGGUCUUUCACCCACCGCCUUCUUCACCAUCGCAGCUCUAGUCCUCGUCGUUUUCAGAACCGUCUCCGCCAUGUUCGUCUCUCCCGAAGAUUUCAACAAACCUCCAGUCGCCGCCGCCGUUUCCCUAAACCCUAACCCUAACAACAACUCCAGUUUUCUCAAUGGGGUUUUGGAUCAAACCCCAACUAAGGCUUCUGUUCAAUUGGGAGAGAUUACUCAUCAAGAACUUAGCGCUUAUAAUGGUUCUGACCCUAAUAAGCCUCUUCUUAUAUCUAUCAAGGGUCAGAUCUAUGAUGUCUCUUCUUCUAGGAUGUUCUAUGGUCCCGGAGGGCCGUACGCAAUGUUUACAGGGAAGGAAGCUAGUAGAGCUUUGGCUUUGCUUUCUUUCAAGCCUCAAGACAUGAACGACAAUUUUGAAGAUUUGGGUCCUGAUGAGCUUCAAGUUUUAGAGGAUUGGGAGGAUAAGUUCAUCGACAAGUAUCCCAAGGUUGGGAAGCUUGUGAAACAGUCAAUCCAAACCGAGGAACCAUCUCAAAGUGGAGAGGAAUUAAAGAAGGAAAAUUAGGUUGCAGAUGAAACUUUUGUGAGCUGCUGCAAAUUAUUCAAUGUAAUAUAUAUGUAGGAUGAUUGAUUAAUCCAAUUUAAUGGGAAUGAUUUGAUCUUGUUGUGUAAUUGUAAUUAACAUGUUUCUUUAGGCUAUGUUUGCCAAAUGAAUGUAUUUUAAAGAAACUUAUGAGCAAGUUAUUUGUUGAA